CUAAUAUGAGUGCAAACUUUGUUCCUUCAAGAAAAAUGUCCUGUAAAUACGACUUACAUGGAGCAGGCAGACGUUAAUGUUCAUCAGAGAACUCACACAGGAGAGAAACGCUUUCGAUGUAAUGAAUGUGGAAAAACUUUCUACCGGCAGUCAGACGUUAAUGCACAUCAGAGAAUUCACACAGGAGAGAAACCCUUUCAAUGUCAUCAGUGUGGUAAAACUUUCUAUCGGCAGGCGGACGUUAACGUGCAUCAGAGAACUCACACGGGAGAGAAGCGCUUUCGAUGUAAUGAAUGUGGUAAGACUUUCUACCGGCAGUCAGAAGUUAAUGUACAUCAGAGAACUCACACAGGAGAGAAGCCCUUUCAGUGUAAUGAAUGUGGUAAAACUUUCUAUCGACAGUCCGAUGUCAAUGCACAUCAGAGAAUUCACACAGGAGAGAAACCUUAUAAAUGUAACGAAUGUGGGAAAUCUUUUUACGAGAAGUCAUCCCUCACUCGACAUGAGAGAACUCACACGGGAGAAAAACCCUAUGAAUGCCAGGAGUGUAGGAGAACUUUCUGCCAGAGGUCAGCCCUCACUCAACAUCAGAGAACUCACACGGGAGAUAGACCCUUUCAUUGUAAUGUGUGUGGCAAAACUUACCGUCAUCUCUCAGCUUUCAAUGUGCAUCGGAGAACUCACACAGGAGAGAAACCCUUUCAGUGUAUUGAAUGUGAGAAAUCUUUUCUUACAAAGUCGACUCUUAUUAAUCAUCAGAGGACUCACACAGGGGAAAAGCCCUAUGAAUGUAAUGAAUGUGGGAAGAGUUUCCGUCAUAAAUCUACCCUCACUACCCAUCUGAGAACUCACUCAGGAGAGAAACCUUAUAAAUGUUGUGAAUGUGGAAAAGCUUUCGGGCGGAAAUCAGCCCUUACAAAUCAUCAAGGAAUUCACGUAGGGUAGGAACCCUAUGGCAGAAAUGUGCUAUGUUUUUCCCAAUACCCAUUUCUCUUUCUUUAUGGUUACACAACUAGUCCAGAUUUGCUAGCCUGUCUUCCAUACACAUGAGGCCAUAUGACCUGUGACUCACAAUAUGGGCCCAAAUUCCAAGCCUGUAAAAGACCUCAUUUGGAAUUUUUCCUACUUUCGUUUUUCUUUCCUUAUCAGGGGGUAAUGGAGAUAUCCUCAGGACAACGUGGAAGCUAGUCAUUAGAGAUUACAGAUUCUUAAGUUGGGAGAAACCAGGGUCCUGGGCAGAGUUUUGCCUUCACUAACAUCACUUCGUAAGUCUUGUCGUAGACGAGAAAUAAUUUUUUUUUCAGCCAUUACAUGUUUAGAGCUUUCUGUUGUCAUAGUGUAUGCUAGCCAUGCUUUAUCCCAUCUAUCCUGUGAAUCUAAUGAAGGUAUGAGAAACACUGUAGGUCAGAGAAUUCAUUAGGGGAGAAACCGCUCUCAAUAUCCUGCAUUUUAAUAAACCUUGAUCAACAAGCCAAACAUUUUAUAAAUCAGAAAUUUACAGUGGAAAACCCCAAAAAUGAAUGUAGGAAAAUUUUCACAGUCUGAUUGUCCAGUAGAUAAUUGAGAGUAGAAUAAAGCUAACAACCUGAAAAACAUUUCAAGAGUUAUAUAUCAGAAUACGUAACAAAAGAAAAUUGUCAGUUUAGGAAACGAGGAAAACAUCCUUACCUAAAAAUGAUCUUAUUCUAGAAGCGAUGUUUCGGAUGCAGUAUUAAAUAACUUACAAAUAAUAUGACACAGGAUGUUUAUUUAACGGUCUUGCUCAUCAAGGAACACAUCGCUUUGAGAAAGGCGCGAGUGAGUUGAGUCAGAGCAGCGGCAUUAAAUGUAUAUGAGUAGCGUCUGUGCUAGGUCAGGCUUGCACACGACAGUGCUCUUUAACAGCUGUUUUCUGUAUCCUUGAUUUUUGUUUUGUACUCACAGUAGUUACAGUAGGAGCAUUGCACCCUUAUCUAAGUAACUUUUGUAAUGUACACUACGAUUUCUGACACUAAAUACUAUUGUCCCAUCACAUAUUUACACCUCAACAUAUAUGAAUUUUAAAAGGAACAUUGAAUGCGUGAAUGUCAUAUGUGUUUUCUGCUUUUUGGUGGCAUAUAUAACUCCAUAUAGACAUUGUGAAGAAACUGUCCUUUUAGUAAAUCACCCAUAUAACAUUUAAUAAAGUCAAGAUUUAUUGGAAAUCUGCAACGAUUCAGCACACAGUUGUUUAUGAUACACAUAUGAGUUAAUUUUCAAAGGUGGCCUUGAACAUUAGUACUUUGUACACUGUUCGGAUUGAAAGCAGGGCCCAUUGAAGACAUUUCCCCCAUUUUUGUGUUUUCUAAAGGGUAUGUUUAUGUAAGUUUAAGUGCAAAGUGCAGAUAUUAAUGUGAGCACAGAACUCUCUGCAUUUAUAUUUUUUUGUGGUAGGCUGCCACGUUUCUGCCCUAGAAUUAUGCAUGGUUUCUGCAAACUGUUCUAUGCCUGUCACUUACUAUUUGAGUGACCUGUGUAGUGAUUUAAUCUUUCUGCUUCAAUUUCAUUAUCUACCUCACAGAUAGUGAACAGUUUGGGUUGAUGUUUUCUGUUAUUAGAGCCAAAGGCAGUUAUGUUUAGAACUUGAACAUUAGAAAUAAAAUAGUCAUUCCAUAGUAUGAAGUGUAUUUCUGCUUCUUGAGUUGAUACAAGAAGAUUCUUUUUAGAACUUUGUAUUUUGUCAGGUUUGUCUUUAAAAUAUAUGAAACAAAUGUGUUUAGAAUAAACAGAAUAAUCUAUUGACCUCUUUGUGUUGUUGAUUAAAUAUGGUGUGAACUAAAAAUCCAACUUUUUUUUUUUUUUUUGCAAAUGACUAGCCAAUGGAUCUUUCGCCUGUUCAUUCAUUUGCCCUUACUUCACUGAUUUGAAACCCCUUUUUUUGUAUAGACACCCUUUGAUGUGGCUAUUGCAUUUCUAGGCCCUGCGUUCUUGUCCCCGUUCUUGUCAUGUCUACAGCUGGUCCAUAAUCUAGAUGGACCAACCACAGGACACCACCCUCCUUCCCUACACUGAAGAUUUCACUGCUGUUCACUCUCUGCUUUUUGCCACUGUGUAUAAACUCAUCGUGAAUUUCGGUGGUUCUGGUAACAUUUUGUCAUCUUCCACACUGUGCCUUGAACACCAUUUAUUAAAACCAGCAAAAUGGUUUUGAGUUAUGACCAUAUUUAUAUAUGUAGCUUUUGUUCUUUUUAGCAUCUUAUGCUCCGUUCUAUUAAAAUAACUUCAUUCUGUUGAAAGGCA